GGCGGAGAUGCGGUCAUUGCUUUGACUCCAAUUGCAUCGCUAACUCCCAGCUCUUGCCCCAUCCUGAGUACAGAUAUGGACAGAGUUGCUUCCUCUCUCUUCCAAUCUAACGACCAUACCCAACCGAGAACUCUAAAGCUGUCGGAGCACCCUCUGUCCAGAGCCCAGAUAUAGGUAGAUCCUCGGGUCAAAGCUCCAGCGCCGGAUCGACGAUAUACCCAAUGAUGCUUAUAUAAAAACGGACGACGCCCUCCACACCACGACCUAUAAUCUACGACGGAAUCGAACCAAAGCCACCAGUAAUGCCUCUCCACCACCUCCUACCCACCUGCUUCCUCCCCCUCGCCGCUCCCCUCUUGCUUCUCCUCUUUGCAACCCUCGCGGCCGCCAAUGUCGAAAAAACCAUCUUCCUGGGUCCCCCUCCCAGCACCAUCCCGACACCUCAUCCCCCAAUCGACGACCUCGGACUCGCCCGGCUCUCCCCCUCCCAGCCCAUCCUUCGCACAUCCCUAAACGCCUCCUUCCCGACCCCGGACACCCUAGGGACUGACUCCUGGUACUUCCUCGAGAAUCUCACACCAGGACGGCGCUACGAGGUGCGAAUAUGCUGGUUAGCGACUCAACCAACAACAUUCAUUCUAACAACCCACACUCUACCGCAUGCCCUCUCAGACCCCAUCCUCCUCACAUCCAUCACAAAAUACUCCUCUACACGACUCAUCACCGCAACGCCGGACCUUGACAACGCCCAUAUAUCCGGACCGUCCGACAGCGCACCAGUCGCCGACUCGGUGCUAUUCCUGCGCAUCCGCGCGACGGCAGAUUACUUCUCUACAGAUGCGGGACUGAUGGCCAACGUGCCCCCCGUUGCGGCGGACAUAAUCCUGGAUCCAUUUCUGGGGAAUGUGUUCCCGCGGUCUUUGGUGCCGACAGCGUGCUAUGUGGUUGUUGUGGGUGGAGUGGCCGCUUUGGUGGGGGGAUGGGUGGUGCGGGAGCUGGGCAGAGUGGUGGAUGUGAUGGCGGAGCAGGGGGAGAAAGAGGGGGAGAGAGAACAGUUGCAGAAAAAGGUGAAUUAAGUGGUACAUACCAGGGUUCCAGGGGACAUAAAUACCUUUGUGUAAGAAAUCUAGGUGAGUGGAGGUGUCUCAUGAGAUAUGUUUUGUGUAUAAUGUAUAGUAUAUAGUAGGCAGAAGAUGAUGAUCAUGUAUGAUAUACUAGUCGUCC